AUGGCAGAAUAUCAACCAGAGACAGCCGCGAGGAAGGGCUGGCGAACGUGCACCAAGGGAGACCCAAAGUUAUGGCCGGCAUAUAUCAGACAUAUAAUACUCGCAAAUAUGUGCAUGUUUGUGUUCAUAGGAAACCUCUAUGCGGCCGGCAUCUCAACUGGGUUUGCAGCCUUAGCGACAGAAUUUAACGUCGGUUUUGAUAAACUGAACGACAUCAUCUCCUACCCAGUUCUUGCAUUGGGAGUUGGCAAUUUAUUCUGGACACCAGCAGCAAUUUGUUUUGGCAAGAGACCUAUUAUCAUUGUCUCUAUGGUCAUCUUCCUCGCCUGCGCAAUAUGGAGCAUUUAUGUGAAAACACUUUCAGAACUGGUAGCAGCUCGGGUCCUUGCCUGCUUUGCGGCCGGCAGUGUCGAGUCGCUCGGACCCGCGAUUAUUGCGGAUGUCUACCAGGAGCGAUACUUUGCGAGCGCUAUGGCUGUAUUUUCUCUGUCCCUCAGCGGCGGCUCUCAAAUCGGUCCAACUAUUGCAGGAUUUUUGAUUAAGUCCAGAGGGUGGCGCUGGUUCUUCAUCUUGAACACCAUAUUGAUUGCAUGUAACCUCGCCUUUACACUGCUACUACUACCAGAGACAAAUUACAAGAGACUCUUCUAUGAGGGUGAAACGGCCGCUGAAGUCGACAAAUCCGUCGUAAACGAGGUUGAGCAUGUCAAGGGAGCUGAGGAAUUCACCACCCAAGAUUAUACAGAUCAUACGUCAAGCAACGUGGAAUAUGCUAGUUCUUACUUCAGAGACCUUUUCGCAUUCAAAAGUCGCGGGUUAGAGAAUGGACAUACUGCCUUAUUGAAGCAGUUCUCCUUGCCAUUUCGAUUUGUUUUAAUACCGCACGCUCUGUUCGCGGUAGCGUCGUACGGGGUCUUUCUCGGAGGGAUCGUGAUAAAUUCCCUGCUUGCACCGCAGUUGCUGUCCCCACCGCCGUAUCUCUUGAGUUCCUCUGGUUUGGGCAUUUUUACAUUGGGUUCAUUCGUUGGAAUAGUACUUGGAUAUCCCAUUGCUGGACCUCUGACCGACCUUCUAUCGAGGAGUUUGACAAGAAGGUGCGACAGGCAUCUACCUGAGCAUCGUUUACCUGCACUGAUGAUACCUUUUGUGGUCUGCCCUCCUGGCCUGCUGCUUUUUGCAUACAUUAUCAAUCAGCACGGUAGCAUUUAUAGCGCUGCAGUGGGAACUGCAAUGCAGACCGCUGCUUUGGUGUUCGUUCCCUCUGUGGUGCUAUCUGUGGUUGUUGAUGCUUAUCCAGAGGCCGGAAGUGAAGCCCUUGUAUUGAUUAAUGCUGGCAAAAAUCUGAUUGCAUUUGGAGUCACAGUCAGUGUACCCGUAUGGCUUCAUAGGGUUGGCUUGGUGAAAAUGUACUGGCAAAUGGCAGCGACUCAAUGGGCUGUACUGUCGCUUGGUAUCCCACUGUUUUUCUUUGGGAAUACAAUCCAGAGCACACCAAAAGUAGUCGCCUUCGGGCAACUAGCCAAUCAUUUCUUUUUAGCUACUCUCGUUAUCUCUGAGUUUCCCCGCAAUCAACAAGAAGUUUGGGUCACAAAGUUGCGUGCCGAACCCCCACAAAUAGCAAAUUUGAACUGCCACGCCGAAAUGCCGGCUGCAUUAGCGCAACCUAAGCUUGGCCAACUAGAACAUAGCUGCACUCUACCUUCUCUUUUCGCAGAUCUCAACCCUCAACAUCAUAGCAUACAACGGCGAAAGGUAGCAUCGGCGUAUUCAAUGAGUUCUUUGAUCAGCUAUGAACCCUUUGUGGAUAAUUGUGCUUCUCUGUUAAUUUCUCAUUUCGACGCCGCGGCAGAUUCUGGUAAGACCCUUGAUUUUGGCCAUUGGUUUCGAUGUUACGCUUUUGAUGUAAUAGGAGAGAUUACAUUCGGGCAGCGCUUUGGACUCCUGGACGAUGGCAUCGAUAAAGAUGAAAUUUUUGGUGCCAUCGAUGCUCGAAGUAGUUACAGCACAUUCAUUGGCAUCUUCCCAUGGCUUCAUCAGUUUCUUUUUCCCCUGCAACCGACGACGGGGAACCAUGCAUAUGUCGCCAAAUACACCAAGCACCACAUCGCUUUGCGAGAGAAACUCUAUCAAAGCGGAGAAGAAAAACUAUCAAAUGGCUCUCGGGACUUCGUCUCGAAGUUCCUAGAUCUCCGAUCAACAGACUCUGGGAUAACGACUACGGAUAUAUUUACGACUUGUCAAAGUAACAUCGGCGCUGGUAGUGAUACAACUGCAAUUACCAUAUCUGCUGUGUUAUAUUAUCUUCUUAAACACCCGCAAACUUUGAGGAAGCUACAGUCGGAAAUCGAUGUUGCAGUAGUCAAAGAGAGUAUCACGGAGCAUAUGUCCUUCAAACAAUCCAACCAACUUCCGUAUUUACAGGCAGUGAUCAAAGAAGCCCUUCGUCUCCACUCGGCGACAGGUCUACCCCUUGCACGGCUUGUGCCUCCCUCGGGUGUAGAUAUUGGCGAAUUUCACUUUCGCAAAGGAGCGACAGUAGGAAUAAAUUCUUGGGUGGCUCACCGCAAAUCCUCUAUCUUUGGGCAAGACGCAAAUAAUUGGCGUCCUGAGCGUUGGUUGGAGUUUGAAGAAGAGGGACGAGGUGCUGAGGUGGAGAAGUACUUUUUACCUUUUGGAAUGGGUAGCAGAACGUGCAUUGGAAAGAACCUGAGCCUCUUGGAAGUCAGCAAGUUGAUAUGCGAGUUGCUACGUCGGUUCGAGUUUCAAUUAGACGAGCAGAUACUCCAAAAAGACUGGACGACGACCAAUGUGUGGUUUGUUAAGCCGGAGAACUUUAUAGGUAAGGUUAUCAAGCGUCAUAGCAAAUGA